GAGGAGGCGGAGGAAGAAGGAAGUAAAUACUAACAUGCUAACAGAAGUCAUGGAUAAUUUUGUUCUGUCUUCAUUAAGGUCCUAAUGAUUAAGUCGUCCCGCGCCAUGUGGUCACGCCGAAUAUGGAUGAAGUGAACGUUGUCUCUCUUGCUGUUGGGAGAUGUGUGGACGCCUGCUGCCUGCUGCUCGACCUGGUCGUCAGGACGUUGAGCUGGCUGCUUCGCUUCCUAUCUGGCGUGGCCACUUCCCUCCACAAUACGCUGGUCGCACUGAGUGGAUCCACUCUAGUUGAGUACUGGAACUUUGCUCUUUUCUCUUUCCUCACUGCCACCGAGGCCGUCUCCAGUGCCGCCUGUGGAGCCCUGCAUGUUGUGGAGGGCUGGCUGCAGAUGCUGGGAGGAGUGUUUGAGAGUUUCAAGAUGGUGGGACACCUCUCCUGUCAUGUGGCGUGGCGCAUCAAGGAGGUGCUGCACCGUGGGUUUAUUUCGUGCAGCUGCAUCCUGCGUCAGACGUGCGAAGGCCUCUGCAUCGCGCUCAGUCUUGUUCUCUACUUUGUCAACACGGUAGUCAACAUCGUCCUCAUCGGCACGCAGAACUGUCUGUCUGUGUUGGCGGGGGUCUGGGAGAUGGUGGCGGACCCCGUGCACAAAGUGGUGGAGCUGGCUCUGACUGUACUGACCUUCCUGUACAGUUGUCUGGUUGGUGCCUCCGUGCUGCUGUGGACGCCAUGCCAGCUUCUGCUGGACUUCCUCGGAGCACUGAGUCGUGUCUUCUUUGCUGUUUUCAUGGUGGACUGGCACGGCCUGCUCAUCACAGCAGCCAUCGUUUCUGUGGCUUUGCUGUUACUGAACCACAGGCUUCCUGUCCUUGCCGGACGGCUGUGCCUUCAUUUGGUCAACGCUCUACCGGGAGCUCGUGGCAUACAAACAGUACAGGAACAAGCUCUGGCCAAUCAGGAGGUCCAUACCAGGACAGCGCAGGAAGUGAGUACAACAAGUCUACCGCACACAGACGCUUUAAUAACUGAGACUGAGAAUGAGCUGAGCCAGCCAAACCUUCCUCAGCUCCAGGCUCAGCAGGAAGGCAAGCCAGCGAGCGGCAGCAGGGCUGCUACAUCCCGGCCAAACUCCACUCCGGCAGAUAGCGGCGAGCUGCUUAGCCUGCUAAAGGAGCAGGAGGAGAGGAAGAAGUGUGUCAUCUGUCAGGACUUCAGCAAGACGGUGCUGCUGCUGCCCUGCCGUCACCUCUGCCUCUGCCGGCACUGCGCUGACAUCCUGACUCAACACCGUCACGCUCAGCAGCGCUGCUGUCCACUCUGCCGGCAGCCCAUCACACAGACCAUGGACGUCUUCCUCUGAUGGGCCGGAGCGGUGCUCACAUCAACUACAAACUUCAGCACUAGACAGAAGAAACCUGUUGCCACUAUAGUCACUGUUUAAUCACAAGUAGGUCUGAGUGUUGAACUGCAUCUGUAGAAUCAAGUAUCGCAAAGUGCCGACUACUGGUAUCUUUAUUUAUUCUUCGUUCUGAUAUUUUCUAAUCAAAACCCAGAAACCUUUCUUACAUUACUGAACAGUAUCUGUGUGCCCUGGUGUUUCAUCUUAAAACGUGAAAAUGUAAAUUAAAUAAUUUAUGUUUGCCAUCAAUUUUGAAUCGCCAAAACAACAGAAAUGUCUCCUAAUAUAAUUAUGUAAGAAGAGAAUUUUGCAACAGCUGAACUCGUUGGCCACUGAUUAUGAACACUGGAUUAAUACACGUGUGGAUUUGUGCCAAAGACGUUGCUUUUUUUGUACUAAUUUAAGUUUAUUUAAGUUAUUUAUGUGUUGAACAUUUAAAAAAAAACAUAUAAAAGCUGUCAAAUAUGUUAAAGACUGAAUGUGUGACCUUUAUGUUUCUCUUUUGUUGGUGCAAAGUCUUUCUAAAGUAGUAAAGUUUUGGUGCUUAAGCUAAGGGCUGCAUACUUAAACAGCAAAUCAAUUUUGUGGCAGUUGCUGUCAAUAGUAUGAGCUGCAUGAGAAAUAAAUAUUCACAAUGAAAGGAAA